AUGAGAAUAUCUGCUACCAUCAAUAACGGGAAUAACAGGAACGAGAUCACCGUAAAGACCGGGGAUAGUGAGAAAGUGUUACACAUCCCGGCUAAGCCAGGUGGCUCGGGCUCCUCGGUUAAUGGCGGUGAAUUUCUGUUUCUUUCACUAGCCACCUGUUUUUGCAAUGAUAUUUACCGGGAAGCAGCGAAGCGAAACAUUACAGUAGCAUCGGUAGAAGUAAACGUGAAUGGUGAGUUCGGUGGCGAAGGAGAGCCAGCAAUAUCUAUCAGUUAUGACACAAAGAUCGAUUCGCCGGGAUCUUCAAGGGAGGAGUUGGAAGCGCUCGUUGCGCAUGUCGAUAGAAUCGCUGAAAUACAUGGAACGCUUCGCGCGGGAAUUCCGGUGACUUUGAAAGGUGUGAAUUUGAAGACACAGUAA